CCAUCGCCACGCCACGCCACAGGAGUAGUAACUGGUCCAGAGACAGAGAGAUCAAUGGACUUGUUGGUGGCCGGCCGAGGCCGAUGGAUAGAUUCUCCUCACCCAGGCCGUCGACAGCAACCAUCUAGGAAAGCCUGACGCACGCGGUACACCUCCGCAGGUGCUCGUGCUCCAGCAGCUAGCUAGCUCGCUCUAGAGCCGUCGAGCUGGAGGAGGAGCUAGCCCAGUCCCAGAGAUCUCUCUCUCCUCUCCUCUCCUCCUCUAUAAGUACGUCAGGCCGUCCUGGUGCAACAACCGCAGCAACAACGGGAGCGAGCUUCGACAAGACAAAACCACGCCUUCAUUUCAUCACACACCGCCGCCUCUACCUGCUCGCCGGCGGCGGAGAAGGAUCACCGCGGUGACAAGCAGAAGAGGAUGGUGGGGAGCAGCAUGCAGCGCGGGGACCCGCUGGUGGUGGGGCGGGUGAUCGGCGACGUGGUGGACCCGUUCGUGCGGCGGGUGGCGCUGCGGGUCGGCUACGCGUCCAGGGACGUGGCCAACGGCUGCGAGCUCCGGCCGUCCGCCAUCGCCGACCAGCCGCGCGUCGAGGUCGGCGGCCCGGACAUGCGCACCUUCUACACCCUGGUGAUGGUGGAUCCGGAUGCUCCAAGCCCCAGCGACCCCAGCCUUAGGGAGUACUUGCACUGGCUGGUCACCGACAUCCCGGCCACGACAGGAGUGUCUUUUGGUACCGAGGUUGUGUGCUACGAGGGCCCGCGGCCGGUGCUCGGGAUCCACCGACUGGUGUUCCUGCUCUUCCAGCAACUCGGCCGACAGACGGUGUACGCCCCGGGGUGGCGGCAGAACUUCAGCACCCGCGACUUUGCCGAGCUCUACAACCUCGGCCUGCCCGUCGCCGCCGUCUACUUCAACUGCCAGAGGGAGACCGGAACCGGCGGGAGAAGGAUGUGAUGAUCGACUCCUUGUAGUAUAAUACUAGUACUAGUAUAUGUGACCACACAAGAAGAAGAAGAAGAAGAUGAUGAUGAUGAUGAUGAUGAUGAUGAUGAUGAUAAUGAGGUCGUAUGGGUGGUUUAUACGGGGCGAAAUGGAGAAAACAUUGUAAUAUUGAAGAAAUAAUAAGUAACUAUGCGUGCGACAUUUUUUGAUCUGAUGCCGGUACUAUAUCGAAGAAAUAAUACCUAUGUGUUGUAAUCUA